AUUUUUACCCCUUAUUUGAAAGUUAACCAUAACAAGAAAGCCACGGACCCGCCGAUCUACAACCAAUUCAAUCGUGAAAGCUCCUCUCUUCCUCCUUCAUUCUUCCAUCAAAAGAUCAAAGAAACAGUUUUCUUGUGCCUUCUAAUUCUUUUGUUUUUGCCUUUGAAAUUUGAUAAACAUGAGACUUCUGCCAUUUGGGUUACUGCUAGUUUUAGCUUCUGGGUUGUCAAUCAUUCUCAUUUACAUCACUGGUAUCUCCAACAUAGAUCCAAAUUCACGGCUUUCUGCUCAAGAUUUGGAUGCAUUACAAGCUCUUCAGAGUAGUUUUCAACAGUGUGUGAGUGCAAAUGGAUUGGGUUUGAGAGCUGAGUUUGAAACAGAUAAUUGCCAUGUUACGAUGAAAUUUCCUGAUGACACUGUCUCCAAAUGGAGUGACCCUAAAUCAGGAGAGAUUGAAGGCUUGUCUCACGAGUUUAACCUUUGUGAAGCUGUGGCAACCUGGGAACAGGUAAGAAAUAGUACAACAGUCUUGACAAAGGAAUACAUUGAUGCUUUGCCCAAUGGUUGGAAGGAUUAUGCAUGGAGAAGGAUCAACAAGGGAAUUCAGCUGGAUAAUUGCCGAAAUAAGUCACUUUGCAUGGAGAAACUCUCUCUGGUUCUUCCUCUUACUCCACCAUAUUAUCCAAGGCAGUUUCGUCGGUGUGCUGUGGUAGGGAAUUCUGCAGAUCUUCUGAAAACAAAGUUUGGGAAGGAGAUAGACUCUUUUGAUGCUGUAUUCCGACAAAAUGGCGCACCCAUUCAGAACUACUCUGAGUAUGUAGGUUCAAAGAGUACAUUCCGCCUUCUGAAUAGAGGGUCUGCUAAAGCUCUGGAUAAAGUUGCUGAUUUGUAUGAUGCUGGAAAGGAGGCCUUGAUAGUCAAAACAACAAUUCAUGACAUAAUGAGCAAAAUGAUCCGGGCAAUCCCAAUUCUGAACCCUGUGUAUCUCAUGUUAGGUACAUCCUUUGGCUCAUCAGCUAAAGGAACAGGUCUUAAAGCACUGGAGUUUGCCCUCUCUGUAUGUGACACAGUAGAUAUUUAUGGGUUCACUGUUGAUCCAGGUUAUGAAGAAUGGACUAGAUAUUUCUCUGAAUCACGUGGAGGCCAUACUCCUUUACAUGGUCGAGCAUACUACCAGAUGAUGGAGUGCUUGGGUCUGAUCAAAAUCCAUUCCCCCAUGCGUGCUGACCAAAACCGUGUUGUGAAGUGGCUUCCUAGCCCCAGCAUUGUGACUGCCGGUAGGAUUGCAUCUGAGAAGCUAUUGGCGAGGUUUGGAGCUGGCUCUGCUGAUCCACUCGGUCAAUGUUCAAUAAUAUCGAAGCAGCAAAAUAGUAAGAAGCCUCCAACGAGCCUCCGAAAGGCAGCUCUUGAGCAUCAAAAGUAUGUCAAGGGCGCGACUUUGUAUCCUCUGGAACAUAACCCCAACCAUGGCUUACUUUGCACCGUACCCCAGUAAUUGAUUCCGGCAGCUGUCUUUUAUCUGGCUUGAACUAUUCAUUGAGACAUUCCAAAAGUUUCCAAGAAAUGGGGGAAGAAAUCUGUGAAUUAACUGCAAUCGAGCAUUCUAAAGUUUGGAUCACGCCAUUUUGAUAACCAUUUGAGAAGGUGCUGAUGCCUGGUGGAUCAGAAAGGGGUAAUUUUUGUUAUAAUUUUGAUGUAAUUUGCUAUAAUUGCUUAAAGUUUUACACUAGCUUGCAGGUUAGGGAACAGGUAAUGGAUCCCUUAGGUCACGUACAUUGUUCAGACUUCAAAAACUCAAAAUUUAACCUUAACCAAAAAGUGAAGUACAUAUUUUGGUAGGGGUCUUUUAUCCUCUGAUUCAAAUUAGAUGUGAAAUUCAUUGUAAUGCCAAACUCAAACCCACUGCUCUAAACUCAGGAAAUUAUAAAGCGGUGUUCAGCUUUCA